AUGAAUGAACUACAUCUAGAUGUACCUUCCUUCGCAGAAUUAUUCAAGGAGCGUGCAACUGCUCCAUUUUUUGUUUUCCAAGUGUUCUCUGUUGGGCUAUGGUGUUUGGAUGAAUAUUGGGUGUAUCCGUUGCUCGUUUUGGGUAUGCUAUGUCUCUUCGAAGCCAGCUUAGUACAACAACAGCUGAAAAAUCUGUCUGAGAUACGCUCAAUGUCUGAAAAGCCGUAUAACAUCCACGUUUAUCGCCAGAAAAAGUGGACUCGUGUGCGUACUGACCAGCUAAUUGCCGGAGAUAUCGUGUCUAUAUCGGAGAGUGAUCAAAAGUUUUGUAUUCCGGCUGACUUGCUGCUCCUAAGAGGCAGUUGCAUCGUAGAUGAAUCCAUGCUCACUGGAGAAUCAGUGCCUGUUAGCAAAGAUCCUUGUGAAACCCUCAAAGCAGACGAGCAGUUCACGUUCGACGAUAGUCACAAAACUCAAAUAUUGUUUGGUGGCACUAAAGUAGUACAGUUCACCGCUCCAUCGAAGUCUUCAAACCAUUUAAAAGCACCGGAUAACGGUUGCGUCUGCUUCGUACUUCGCACUGGUCUGAGUACUUCACAGGGUCGUUUAUUAAAAACUAUUAUGUAUAGUGUGAAGGCAGUUACGGCGAACAAUGCAGAAAGUUUUCUGUUCAUAGUAUUCUUAUUAAUUUUCGCGCUGAUUGCUUCACUAUAUGUAUGGAUAGAAGGUACAUCUGAUCCCCGUCGAAAUCGGUAUAAACUGUUCCUAGAAUGUACGCUUAUCCUGACAUCUGUUAUACCUCAGGAACUACCAUUGGAAUUAUCCUUAGCUGUGAAUUCAUCUUUAGUUGCAUUGUGCAAACUUAUGGUCUACUGUACUGAACCUUUUCGAAUUCCAUUUGCGGGAAAGAUUGAUAUUUGUGCUUUUGACAAAACUGGUACAUUGACGGAAGAUACGGUUGUAGUUGAGGGUGUAACAGGCUUAAAUGAUCAACCGUCGAAUAAGUUGAUACCAGUAAAGAACUGUCCACUUUCCACUGUUCAAGUAUUAGCUUCUUGUCAUUCGUUAAUAAAUACAAGUGGUUCUGGUCUAAUUGGCGAUCCUAUGGAAAAAGCUAUGCUGGCGUCAACUGGUUGGUCAUUGAAUGAUCAAAAUGAAGUACAUGGACGUACUAUACCACGUAGUUCUCCACUGAAGAUAUGCCAAAGAUUUCGUUUCGAUAGUGCAUUACGUCGAAUGUCAGUUAUUGUCAGUCACUAUCUACCAUCUUCUGUGGAUCAAAAUUAUUUAGCCUGUGUUAAAGGAUCUCCGGAAACAAUUCUUCCAAUGCUUGUAGAUGCACCAUUAGACUAUGAAGAAGCUUACUUGACCAUGGCUAGGCGUGGUGCCCGUGUUUUAGCAUUGGGACAGAAGACAUUAGGACAGCUUACUCGUGAACAGGUUAGAGACUUAACUCGUGAAGCAGUUGAAUCGGAUAUGCACUUUUGUGGUUUUGUCAUUAUCUCUUGUCCAUUGAAACCGGACUCAAGAAGUGUGGUACAACAACUUCAUGGUUCUAGUCAUCAUGUUAGCAUGAUUACAGGCGAUAAUCCAUUAACUGCUUGUCAUGUAAGCUCUAUUGUGGGCAUUGUUCACUCGGAUACUCCUGUGCUUGUAUUAAGUCCUCCUAACCCAUUACACGAACAGUGGCACUGGCAGUCAGUUGAUGAGUCUAUUGUAUUACCUCUUGUAAAUAACCAUGACUUGUGCCUAACAGGAGAAGGGAUUGAAUUUUUAUCAAAGUCAAAUCCAAAUUUUCUACGGGAAUUAAUUCCUAAGGUUAAAAUCUAUGCUCGUGUCGCACCGAAACAGAAGGAAGCUAUUUUAAUUAAACUUAAGCGUAUGGGAUACAUAACACUCAUGUGCGGUGAUGGAACAAACGAUGUUGGAGCUUUAAAGCAGGCUCAUGUUGGUGUUGCACUGCUGAAUGAAAUGCAUACACCCACCUUAUUGGAUUUAACUGAGAAUAAACAAACAAACGUAUUACCUGCGAAGAACUCACGUCAUGCUAGUCAUAAUGGCUUGAUCAAUCGUUCCGCCAAUCGGGGAAAUCGUGGAGACAUAAGUUCUGCAAAUCCAGGUGUAAACAGUAAAACUCAAGCUUCACGUUUGGCUUCCACUUUAGCUUCUGUUGAUGGAGAGCAGGAAGUAUCAGUGGUUCGUUUGGGUGAUGCGAGUAUAGCAGCUCCAUUUACUGCCAAAAUGUCUUCUCCUAGUGGAGUAUGUCAUAUUGUUAUGCAAGGACGUUGUACAUUGGUGACCACACUGCAAAUGUAUAAGAUAUUGGCGAUUAACGCAUUGAUAACUGCUUACAGCUCAUCAGUUCUAUUCUUGAAGGGAUUUAAGAUAUCCGAUUCUCAAGCAACUAUACGAGCCUUACUGUUAUCAGCUUGCUUCUUGUUUAUUUCGCGCUCGAAGCCUUUGAAAACUCUUUCUCGUGAACGCCCUAUACCGAAUAUAUUCAAUAUGUACACUUUGCUAACAGUGUCCCUUCAGUUUCUUGUUCACUUUCAUGUGCUCUACACGUUAACUAUGGAGGCGGAAUCACGAAUGCCAAAAAAAGAGGAUGGAUUUAUCGAUCUUAAUGCCGAAUUUGAGCCUUCACUUUUAAAUACUUUAGUAUAUCUCAUUGCAACUGGAAUGCAGACUGCAACACUAGCUGUAAACUAUACUGGUCAUCCAUUUAUGGAGUCAUUGACUGAAAACAAACCAAUGUUGAUUUCUUUGAUUGUUGCUGUGGUGGGAAUUGUGAUUCUGCCGUUCGGUCCUUUUGCUAGUGCACUCCGACUAGUUAACUUGGAUAAUGAUCUUCGGAUAAUAUUUUUCAAGGCACUAAUAUUUGACUUCGUAGCUUCUUGGUUAGUUGACCGUAUAUUACUGUUUAUAUUUGGUCGAGUCAGCCAGAAACCACUUUAA